AUGUGCGACAGCUGCGACGCAUACCGGCACCAGAGCGGAGGCAACAAGACCAUCGAGUACACUGACCACGAACGUGCUAAGGUCACCUGGAGCAAGCCGCGCCUGCUGGGAAAGGAAGAGCUCCGCCCCUUUCUCACCGUCAACGAGGCGGCCUUCAAGAUGCAGCAGCUGCACCGCAACUGGAAGGCUAGAGAGAUAGCGAGGGACGCCAUGCGUGUGGCCUGGAACAGGGUGUACUCCCCGCAGGAGCGGCGGUUUUUCUUUUUCUACAAGGGGGAGAGCCCCCUCGUACUGCCCACGACGGCGAGCUGGACGCAGCCCUGCCGUUCGAUCGGAGGCAUCUGGGUGUGGCGUCCAGUGCUCUCGGAGCACGUGGCGGCCAUGAGGAUCCAGAACCUGUGGAGGAAUUUCGCGGGCCGCAGGGAUCUGAGGGAACGAGUGCGACAGAUGUACUCUAUGGAGCACGACCCCAUCACCGGAGCGGAGUGCUACCGCAACCUCAAGACCGGGGAAGUUUCGGAUCGAAAGCCUUUGAGCCUAGGGUCGGAGCGGUGGGACCAGGACGACAUGAUGUUGUGGACCGUGGAGGAGGUGGUCAUGUUCAUCAGGCGCUGUGGGCUAAAGCGCUUCGCCCCGAAGAUUCGGCACUUUAACGUGGACGGUGCUCUGCUGAUGACCUUCGACCCUGAGGACUUCCUUCUGCUGGGUCAGGCCGACUCGGUCAACGCGAAAAAGAUUCUGCUCAACAUCGAGAGGAGACCGGCGUUCAGCGGCUACAACAAGAGGGCCAAGGACUUGCUUCGACGAGCGGCCCUCAGGCAGAGGCACUUGGAAGGGACGCAGUACACCCAAGUACGCUUGACGUGGGUAGGCCGAGAAGAAAUCAAGGUGGCCUUCGCCCCCCGCCCACCACGCCGUCGUACGAAGUUCAUGCACUCUUCCAGCAUACUUGGAUCAUGA